AUGCCACUUGAUCAAGUCCUAAUGCAAAUCAAAGAUGAUCCUUCCUUGAAGUGGCCAGAGAAAAUGAAAGGAGAUCCAAAUAAGCGCAAUAGAAAUAAGCAGGGGAAGCUAAAGAGUUUCCUUGGACGAGACCACAAGGACGAAAAACUCAAGGGAAAAGCCGAAGAGUUGUCACCACCAUCUCUCGGAGAAAUCAGAGUUAUUAUUGGAGGGAGCUCUACAGGCCAGUCGUCCAAGUCCAAGAAAACAUACCUAAAGGUGGUGCAAAGCGUCCAACUCUCUGGACGACCACCCAGAGAUAGAAACACGGAUGAACAAGCAAUCACGUUCACUGAAGAAGAAGCUGAAAGAAUCCACCAUCCUUAUGACGAUGCUAUUGUCAUUACCUUACUCAUCACUGAUUACACAACCAGAAGGGUACUAGUUGAUAAUGGAAGCUCGACAGAUAUUUUGUAUCUUCCAGCUUUUCAGCAAAUGAGGUUAGGACGAGACCGUCUUCGUCCAGUGAAUUCUCCACUGGUAGGUUUUGGUGGAAUGAAGGUGCAGCCCGUGGGUACUAUUACAUUGCCAGUGGUAGUGGGGGCAUAUCCACAGCAAAUCACCAAGGACGUGAAUUUUCUUGUGGUAGACUGUUCGUCCUCCUAUAACGCCAUAAUUGGAAGGCCAACUUUAAAUAGUUGGAAGGUAGCUACAUCCACCUACCACCUAUCAGUCAAGUUUUCAACAGACUAUGGAGUAGGACAGGUACAAGGAGAUCAACUAGUAGUAAGAGAAUGUUACUUAGCUAUGUUGGCCACGGAUGAGCAAGUAUAG